UCCAUUCGGCUCGUCGGCAGAGUGAAAAAUAAACGACGCCUGACUGGAAAGCCGAAGAGUUUGUCCGGCCGCUCGAGGCUCGUCCGGCGCAGACAGUCCGUUGACCUCUGAGUCAAUAGCCUUGAUCCUUUGGUCCGAUGAGCCCUUAUCUAGCCGCCGGCACCGCCGACCCGCGGGUCAUCUGCGAUAACGUCUGCGGGCUGAGUACAAAAGGACGAAAACCGGCGCCGUGAGCUUCAGCGUCGCGUAUUCCGCUCUCUGCUCCUCUCGUCCUUCCUUCAUUCCUUCUCCCCCGUCCCCAGCUUGAAAAAUGCAGCGUCUCGCGGCCUCCUGCCUCGCGCUGGCCCUGGCGGCGUCCGUCGCCCACUCGGCCGUCAUCUUGGAAAACGGCGCGCCCAUCAAGUGGGCCCAGGCGGCGGCGCAGCUGAGCGACCUGCCCGUGGAGAACGGCGUCCUGAACCCGAACCCGUGGGACUUCGUGCACCGCAUGGGCUUCUACCGGCUGUUGAUCGCCGCCACCGACCCCUUCAUGGGCUCCAUGGGCGCCGGUCCGACCGAAAGUCCCGUGUGGGGUCUGCCCCUGCAGUUCGGAUGGAUGCUGACGUCAGGCCGCCUCGCCGACCCAACCGGCGCCACAACUUGCGGUCUGCAGACCGGAGACACCACGUGCAUCUCUCCCCAGAGCUGGUGGGGCUGCGUGAACCACUUUGUGUCCGCCCUGCCCUUCCUGUCCGCCGCCCAGCAGGAAAUAUUCGGACAAGGAGUCCAGGUCCAGAUGCAAGCACCUGAGGGUGCAGAGGGCUACUGCACCACCUACGCCGACUGCGCCGCCAAGUUCCCCGACGUGAUGGCUAAGUGGGACGCCUUCUUCAAGGGCCUCAAGGCCUCCGGGGACUCGACCCUGCCCGACAACGAGAAGAAAGACGCCAUCCUCGGCCUGUACUGGGACGCCCACAUGGCUUCGCUGCACGCCGCCUCGGCCUGCAGCGCCAAGCAGAGCAGCUACUCCGCCCCCGAGGUCAACUUCGCCUCCAGCUGGCUCAACUCGGCCGAAUACGUGUCGGCGGCUUCUUUCCAGUCCUCCUUGGAGAAGUCCGUCGUGUUCCUCACGCCGCUGCCGGGGCGCAUCCUACAGGAAGGUGACAGCGCACCAAACAUCGCCGACAUGACCCAGGAGGAGAACCACACGCUGUCCACCUUCUCGUGGAUGAUGAGCAUGGGCGGGGCUCCGGUGCGCAUGUGGCGCAGCGCCAUGUGCUCUGUGGCCAACCGAGAGAAGGGCCGAGAGAUGCUGGAGCAGCUGCUGCUCAACCCGAGCCUCGCCACCACCACCUUCCUGUCCAUCAUCACCGGCAUGAUGACCGGCUGCUGAUGAGGGGGGCGGGGCCAAAAACACCGGCGCAGCAUGGCGUGCCCUUUUUGUCCAUUUGUUUUACAGUGAAAAUGGGCAAGAUACAACCACCCAGAUGCAAAUUAUUAUUUCUUUGAACAGCCAAUUAAAACUAAAAGUU